AUGGCUAGCAAGUUUAGAAAUACAUUUUGGCUCAAGGAGAACGGGUUUGCUCCACAAAUAUAUCUUUUUAGAAACAUAGAGUCUGGCCAGGUGAUAUACUCACAGACACCUCAUGUCACUAAAUAUCAGAUAAAACAACAGUUUUUCAGGCCUAACUGGGAAAACAGGAAACCUUCAAAGAGAAGAGAUUUAUGGAGGCCAUUAGCAGUUGCACAAUUCCAAGAUUACCAGCAAACAGUUCAGGCUUAUCAUGCAUUAGUGGAGCUGAGGUAUAUGAGAGAAGUGUCAAAGAGAAAGGAGGCAGAGGCAAUGCGGAAAAGAAACAUAUAUAACCAAAUUUGGUAUUCGGGACAGUACAGACCAACAUGGUCUCAGGAAGCUGUUGCUGAUUUGAGUACUGUUGUUGAUGAAUUUAAGUUUAAGACUAAGAUAUAUUGGGACUCGCUUUGGAGGAAAGGUGAGGACAAGUACUGGAACAAGGAAUUCGUCCAGCAUGAAGAGAUGGAUCAGGUUGGUACCCGUGAGAAGUUUGUCGUGCUAGAUGAAAUAAGAAAGAAGGGGCUGGAAGAUUUCAAGGUUGCAGAACAAAAACGAUUGGAAGUGGAACCAGCUUCUGACGAGACAGCUGACAAGAAGAAAAUUUCUGUGCUUUAA